AUGGAGAUGAAUUCUCUGGGUGGCAGCAAGUAUCUACUGCUGAUCGUUGACGAAGCCAGUGGAUGCAUGAAGGGCUUCUGUCUACGUGUGAAGUCGGAGAGUGAAAACUACAUCACACGGUACAUCAAGAUGGUGCAAGCGCAGUUUGGCAAGAAGGUCAAGCUCGUCCGACACGACGGAGCCCGCGAGUUCACAACCAACUCGCUUCAAGAAUUCUACGAAAAUGAAGGCAUUGAGAAGCAGAAGACGGUGCCAUAUGCACACCAGACCAACUGCACGGUAGAGCGCGCCAUUCGGACUAUCGUCACAAUUGGUCGCAGCAUGCUCUACCAUGAUAAGUUGGAAAAGUGCUUCUGGGCCGAAGCAGCAAUGACGGCAAUCUACGUCAAGAACCGUCUGCCGUCGCCUAACGUUAUGCACAAGACUCCGUUCGAGAUCGUCCACAACUCCAAGCCAAGUGUCAAGCACAUGCGGGUGUUCGGUUGUCAGGUUUACAUACUGACACCGAAGGAGAAGCGGCUCAAGUGGGACCCCAAGGCUCGCACUGGGAUAUUCUUGGGCUACGAAGAAGCAUCUAAAGCGUACCGCUCCGCCUUUGGAUUUUCGCCGCCAACCACAGCUGAAGACGCCGAUGACAUUGACUUCGACUCCCUCGAUCUGGAUGAUGAAGCGCCAGGUCAAGCGCAGUACAAGCAAACAGGCAAGCGCAAGAGUCGUCAAGUGUGGACGAUGAAGAAACCGAUUCUGGCCAACCUUAAAGUGUUUGGAUGCCACGCGUAUGUUCAAGUGCCUCAAGACAAACGCGCGAAGUUCGACUCCAAGUCAUCACUCUGUCGUUUCCUGGGAUACGCCGAACACCAGAAGUCAUAUCGAUUUGAGGAAGUGUCAACAGGAGCGAUCAAGAUCAGUCGCGAUGCCACAUUCAUGGAAGACAAGUUUGAUGAAGGUCCGCGCAACUACAACGAUGAGUCAAGUGUCGUUGAGUUUGAUGAUCAUGAUGAGGACGAAGAAAAAGAAGAAGGUAAAACUGACGACGACAUGGACUCGAGCGACGAUGACAACGAAGACACCAGGUCUUCGAAGAGCAACAUCAAGAGACACACGCGCACUCAAUCACUUGAGAAAGCUACCGUCAUUCCAAGCCCCAAGCGAAGAACAUACAGAGGUCCGUCGCUUGAGCAUGUGUCAGCGGCUGCAAUGGAUUUUGAAGCAGCCUACAUCGUUGAUUCAGUGGGGGAAACGCCGACUACAUUCAAGUCGGCGAUGGAAUCAAGUGACUCCGGCAAGUGGAAAGAAGCGUGUGACUCGGAGUUCGAUUCGCUUCAGAGAAACGACACGUGGGAAAUCGUGCCUCUUCCGAAAGGUCGCAAGGCCAUCGGGUGCCGAUGGGUUUUUCGUGUAAAGGAGAAUCAAGAUGGCGAAGUUGAACGUUUCAAGGCAAGACUUGUGGCCAAAGGAUUCUCACAGAAAUUCGGAGUUGACUAUGAAGAAACUUUCGCACCGGUGGCCAAGUUCACAUCGAUUCGUGUGGUGCUCAGUAUGGCGGCUAAGUACGGCCUAAUGCUACAUCAGAUGGACGUCAAGACAGCGUUUCUUAACGGCUCCCUCAACGAAGACAUCUACAUGGACCAGCCGGACGGAUACCUGGAUACAACACAGCCGGACUAUGUGUGCAAGCUAAAGAGAUCACUCUACGGCUUGAAGCAAUCGCCUCGCAUGUGGAACCAAACAAUCGAUGGGUUCAUGAUCAAGAUGGGAUUCGAGAAGUGCGAAUCGGACCACUGCAUCUACAUCAAGCGAGACGACCAAGACAUGAUUCUCGUGGUGCUCUACGUCGAUGAUCUCAUCCUGGCCAGCAGCAACAACGAACUCCUCAAGUCAACCAAGAUAGCGCUGAGCAAACGCUUCGAAAUGACGGAUCUCGGUGAGCUCGAUUACUUUCUCGGCAUGGAGAUCAAGAACGACCGUAAGACGGGAAUGGUGACUGUACAACAAACCAAGUUUCUCAAGUCCGUGUUAACCAAGUUCGGAAUGGAUAACAGCAAGCCAGUGAAGACGCCUCAAGAUCCCGGCCUGAAGCUAACCAAGAACAUGUGUGAACAAGAAUGCAAGCACGAAGACACCAUGUGCAACGUGCCAUAUCGAAGUGCUGUCGGAGGCAUCAUGUAUCUCAUGGUCGCCACACGUCCGGAUCUAGCUGCUGCAGUGGGAUCAUUAUCCCAGUUCUCGUCCGACCCAUGCCCGACUCACUGGCAAGCUUUGAAGCGUGUGCUGAGAUACCUGCAAGCAACGCCCAAUCAUGGUCUUGAGUUUACACGUGAAGAAGGAAGCCGUAUCUGCGGGUACACCGACGCAGACUGGGCCGGCGACAUUGAGUCAAGACGAAGUACAAGCUGUUGCAUUGUAGAUCGGAGCGAGGAAAGCGGAGCAAACGGAGCGGAGAGACCGAAGAGAGUAGAGCAGAAAAUACUUGCCCAAUAG